GCUAAAUGGGGGUUUCUAGGUCACUUUUCUGGACUCCAAGAAGAGCCUGAACCUCAACAUCUUCCUGAAGCAAUUUAAAUGUUCCAAUGAAGAAGUCACCGGCAUGAUCCAGGCUGGAGACACCAGCAAGUUUGAUGUGGAGGUUCUCAAACAGCUCCUAAAGCUCCUUCCAGAGAAGCAUGAGAUUGAGAACCUACGGGCGUUCACCGAGGAGCGAGCCAAAUUGUCCAAUGCUGACCAGUUCUACGUUCUCCUCCUGGACAUUCCCUGCUACCCGCUGCGGGUGGAGUGCAUGAUGCUGUGUGAGGGAACGGCCAUCGUCCUGGACAUGGUGCGGCCCAAGGCCCAGCUGGUGCUCACCGCCUGUGAGAGCCUGCUCACCAGCCAGCGGUUGCCUGUCUUCUGUCAGCUGAUCCUCAAAAUUGGGAAUUUCCUCAACUAUGGCAGCCACACGGGAGAUGCAGAUGGUUUCAAGAUCAGCACUUUGCUGAAGCUCACAGAGACCAAGUCCCAGCAGAGUCGCGUGACGCUGCUGCACCACGUGCUGGAGGAAGUGGAGAAGAGCCACCCGGACCUCCUACAGCUGUCCCGGGACCUGGAGCCGCCCUCUCAAGCUGCAGGAAUCAACGUGGAGAUCAUCCACUCAGAGGCCAGUGCCAACCUGAAGAAGCUUCUAGAAGCAGAGCGGAAGGUGUCCACUUCAAUCCCUGAGGUGCAGAAGCAGUAUGCUGAGCGCCUCCAGGCCAGCAUUGAGGCCUCUCGGGCGCUGGACAAGGUGUUCGACGCCAUUGAGCAAAAGAAGCUGGAGCUGGCUGACUACCUGUGCGAAGACCCCCAGCAGCUGUCCCUAGAGGACACGUUCAGCACCAUGAAGACCUUCCGAGACCUCUUCACCCGUGCCCUGAAGGAGAACAAGGACCGGAAGGAACAGAUGGCAAAAGCGGAAAGGAGGAAACAGCAGUUGGCGGAGGAGGAGGCCCGGAGGCCGAGGGACGAGGACGGGAAGCCUGUCAGGAAGGGGCCUGGGAAGCAAGAAGAGGUGUGUGUCAUCGAUGCCCUGCUGGCCGACAUCAGGAAGGGCUUCCAGCUACGGAAGACAGCCCGGGGCCGGGGAGACACUGAAGCAGGUGGCAGAGCGGCCCCCGCAGAUCCUCCGAAGGCCACAGAGCCUGCAACUGCUAGCAAUCCUACUCAGGGCACAAACCACCCUGCUUCAGAGCCACAGGAUAUCACAGCAACUGACGAGCCACAGGGCUGGGACCUUGUGGACGCUGUAACCCCCAACCCCCAGCCCUCCAAGGAGGAAGGUGGUCCUCCAGCCCUGGAGAGGCGCUCCUCCUGGUAUGUGGAUGCCAGUGACUUCCUGGACCCUGAAGAGACCCCGAAUGCCCAGCCUUCUGAGGGGGUCUGGCCAGUGACUCUGGGAGAGGGUCAAGCUCUGAAGCCCCUUGAGUUCUGUAGCAAUAAGCCUCCUGGAGUUGAGAGCUCGCACCAGGACGCUACGGAUCCUGAAGCCUUGUGGGGUGUCCACCGAGCCGAGGCGGACAGCACCAGUGAGGGACCAGAGGAUGCAGCUGAACGAGAUCAGAGCACCCACCUUCCCCGCACAGGCCCUGGGGAGGAUGAGGAUGAAGAGGACACAGCUCCAGAAUCUGCACUCGACACGUCCCUGGACAGGUCUUUCUCUGAGGACGCAGUGACAGAUUCCUCAGGGUCUGGCACCCUCCCCAGGGUCCAAGGCCGGGUCUCAAAGGGGACAAGCAAGCGGAGGAAGAAACGUCCCUCAAGGAACCAAGAAGGGCCUGGGACCUCUCCCUGCUGUCCUGGUCCCUCCCUUACCCCUGCGGGUCCUACGGGCUCAACCAGCAUCCAGGAGAGAGGAGUUUGCCCCUGAUUCUGAUGAUAUUAAGGCAAAAAGGCUGUGUGUGAUCCAGUGAGGUAGGUAUGCAGCCUGGCUUGUGUUGACUAAUGACGACAGCGGGUUCCGGGGCCUCAGCCUGCUGCCUGGCCCUCCUGAGCACUAACCUAGCUUGUCUCCAGCCCUCCCUCGGCUCAUGGUGGUGGUGCCUCUGCUGUGCUGCCCUUGUUAAGAGAAGGCCCAGCUGCCAAGCCUUGCCUGCUCAGGGUCUUCUCUGUCCCAGCUGGACACAACCUCAGAACUGGACUCCAGAUGGGCCUCCAAGGCAUGGUAGAGAGUCAAGCUGGGCUCCCUGUAGGGAGUGGGACUCCAGGCCUUUGUGGGCACAGUGUGGGCUCUUUGGGGGUGGCUGUUUCUUAGUCCUGCAGAACAGAUGGAGGUUGUUCCUAUCCGUGUCUCAGCCCUACCCAUGGUCAAGGUAACGGCAGCUUUACUAAUCCCAGCUCCCCAGGAGACCCUUUCCCUCCACACAGGGCCAGUCUUUCCAACACUACUCUCGAUCGCCUGUGGUCCAGGUUAUGGUCAAACAUAAACCAGAAAAGACUGCACGGAAAUGGGUGUGCCGAGCGCAGAUGCUGCCAAAGGCAAAGGGGCAGGGGCCUCCCCUCCCUGUAGCCAGGAGCAGAGCUGGAUCCGUGUAGAUGCCAGGUUGUCUUAGUCAGUGUUUAGUUACGUGAACAGACGCCAUGACCAAGGCAAAUCUUAUUAAAAACAA